AUGCGUUCAUAUCAAGCAGAGCCAUAUACACAUUUUCAUGAACUAGUCGAUACAUGGACUAAACAUGCACAAGCAAUUGAAACACAAGUUAAAAAUUUAAAUGAGAAAGCACGUAUACUUGGUACUACAUCAGAUACACCGGAAAUUCGCACAAGAUUAGAUGAUGAUGAACGACGUCUUCAUGUUCUUGCAAGUGAAACUAAAACUAUAUUAAAAGAAUUAGCUGAUGUAAUGACUAAAAGAAAAAAUGAAUUAUCUAGAAGCGAUUUAGAUAUGGUGACAAAAGUAAAAACUGCUAUGUUUACUGCAUUAAAAAAAUACGAAGAUGUUAUUACAAAUGUUAGUAAGAAACGUCAACAAUUUAAAAAUCCAAGUACUGAUACAUUAGUCGAUUUUGGCGAUGGGAAUUUGACUGACGAUGAUAUUCAACAACGGCUACAAUUACAACAACAGAUGAAAAUGAACAAUACUUUAUUAAUUUCACAGAACGAAGAACAGUUUACAAUAGAAGAACAAGUACAAACCGUACAGAGUGAUAUUAUUGAAAUCAAUCAUAUCAUGCGUGAUAUCGGUGCUAUUGUUUCUGAACAAUCUCCAAUAAUUGCUAAUAUUGAGCAAAAUGUAACUGCAGCCAAUGAUCAUAUAAUUGCUGGUAAUGGCCAAUUGACAAGUGCAUCAAGACAUCAAAAAAAAUAUCGUAAAAAACUUUGUUGGCUUCUGGCAAUUUUUCUAAUCAUUGCAAUUAUCGUCGCUGUUAUUAUUAUCCUUAAAGUUGCAUUAUAA